CAUAACUCAAUUGAUGAUCACACAAGAAUAAUUGAGAUCGAUAAUUAUAUGAAUAUUGAGGAAGACUUAACUAAGAAUUAUAUAAUCGAUAUAUUAAAUGAACAAGAGGAGAGUGAAUUAGAAAAAGAAAUGGUUAAAUCG